AUGGGGGUAAACAAGGCAACGAAGAAGAUGGCCCGUAAGGGUCAGCUUAAGAACGCUAUCCAUGCUCGGCGAAAACAUAAGCGCAUUUCGCACCGCCGCCAGCCGCACAAAGAUAGCCGAGCUACCAAGUUUGUAAAAGCUGGAGACGAGUUCCGCAAGGAGGGGGCCGCCAAGAAGAAGAAGGGCGCGUUUGAUGACACGGAUGCGGAGGAGUUUCUGCAGGCGCGUCGGAGGGUGGGCGGUUUUGAGGAUGAUUUUGACGAGGAGGACGUCGACGAUGAUGAUGUUGACGUCCUGGAGGGCGAUGACGACGACAUUGACGGCAGUGAUGAUGACGAGAUGUCGGAGGAGGGUGAUGAAGAAGGCGUGGAUGACGAGGGGGAUGAUGAUGGCGAUGAUGGCUUAUCUUCUGACUUGCUUGACGGCGUGGACGACAAGGACGGCGUCGAUGAUGAUGAUGAUGAUGAGGAGGAGGAGGAGGAGGAGGAGGGGACGGCAGGAGGGGACCCCGUGGUUCAGGACAACAAGCGGCUCAAGGGCGAGAUUGCAAAACACAAGGCCCAAUUGGAGGCGCUACGGGAGAAGGAUCCGGAAUUCUAUGCUUACUUGAAGGAAGCGGACGCGGAUUUGCUUGGUUUCCGAGCGGGGGAGGACGAUGAGGAUGAUGAUGAAGAAGAGGACGAUGAUGACGAAGAGGACGAGGACGGGGCGAGAGGCGGUGAAAAGGCGCAAAAGGCCGUAAAAAAGAAGGGAGCUGAUGCGGCGGCGGUGGCGGCAGAGGAAGACGGUGGCCCUGAUGGUUCCGAGGAGGGGGAGGAGGAGCCGGGUUCGUCUGGCCGUGUGGAUGUGACAAGUGCCCUCCUGGCUCGCUGGUGUACGGCAGCGAGGGGGGGACCUGACGGCCGGGGUCCCCCCGCCCUGGGCUCUUUCGGCUUCCUGGUUCGUGCCUACCGCCUGGCGUGUCACUACGGGGACCCGCAAGAGGACGCGGACAGUGGGAGGCUCCGCAUCACCUCCUCCACCGUCUACAACACCAUCAUGAUGUUCAUGUUGCGAGAGGCGGAUGCCAUCAUCAGGCGGCUGCUGGGACUGCCGCCACCAUCAGCAACAGCAGCAGCAGCAGGCGCAGGAGGCGGCGCAGCAGCUAACCAACAGCAGCAGCAGCAGAGCAAGAAGGGCAAAAAAGAGGAGACGGAUCUCGCGAAGAACCCCCGGCUUGCCACCCAGACCGGUGUGUUCGUGCCGGUGGCCCCCCUGGCGCUGGAGGCCCUGGAGUGGGGGGAUUUGCGGCGCUCCCCGGGGGGCGGAGGUGGAGGGGGGAGGGGGGGUACGGGCGGGGGAGGGGGAGCGGCGGCGGUGGCGGGCGGCUGUCCGGAUCUGUCCCUCCAGCUCAAGUUGGGGAAGCAGCUGCUGCGGUCCCCCCCGUGUCAGGAGGAGGUGGUUACCCAGAUUUUGGAGCUGCUGUGUGACCAUUUGGCGACUUGGUCCUGCUCCAUCGCCUUUCCCGAGCUGGCGCACGUUCCGCUGCUGCACCUGCGCCGCUUCAUCAAGGGCUGCCGGGUGGAGAGAUUUAAGUGCGUGUCGGGGGGUGGGGGGCGUGCGGCCAAGCAGCUGCAAGACGCCGUACAACGCAAUGUCGCCUGGGUGGGCGUGGCGAGAGACCGAGUCGACUUCGGUCCCAAGGACACGGCCAAGGUGCAGGCCUUUCUCCGCACCGAGCGCGAGGCGGGUCGUUCCCCGCUGCAGCAGUUGGCGGCGGCCAUGGCGACACGGGCAGCGCGGAGGGCGGCGGCGCGGCGAGCUGAAGAUGUGAAUCUGGGGGGCAGCGGCGGCGGCGACCGGAAACGAGCUCGACGGGAGGCGGAGGAUGAGGAUGAAGAGGACAGUGACGACGACGACAUCGAGUUGGCGGCGGCGGCUGCGGCCAACGGCGACGGCGGCGGUAGCAGCGACGAGGAGUUGGAGGAGGGUGCGGGUGGCGAGGUGAAGAGCGGCAAGAAGGCGUCUAAGCGUCAGCGGGGCGGAGGGAAAAGAGCAGAAGACAGAAGCGCGCCGGACUGCCAAUCAGUGGACUGA